GCAACUUAUAAUAAAUAUUGUGCUUAUUUUAUUAUAAUAUAAAGAAGGAAAAAUAGCCGAUAAAAAUGGAGGCGCUAAGCGAUAUCCUACUGCCGUACAAGGAGCCGGUGUCCCAAGUGACACGCUUCGUCACCAUCGGGCAGAUGUUCUCUGGCUCGUUCAUCUGCUACGAUAUCUACAAGCAGGGCAGCACUAAGGGCGUUGGCAUCAUGCCAUUCGUCGGCGGCCUUAUUAUGAGCAUCCUAAACUUGAAGUUCGGUUUCAUACUCCGAGACGAUACGAUGAUCCAGGUCAACUUCAUGGGUCUAGCGUUGAACAUUAUAUAUCUCAUGAUAUACUACACGUACGCUAGGAAUAAGGGCACGGUAUGGAUGCAGAUGGGUCUUGGAGGUGCGUUCGCGGCCGCUUUGAUUGGAUACUCUGAAAUGGAAGACCCUAAACUAGUGGAGUCCAGAUUCGGGAUGAUCAUAACAGUGUUUAUGUUCUAUUUGAUUGCGUCGCCUCUUUUCGGCUUGCGGGAAAUCAUCAGGAAACAGAGCACCGAGGGUAUGCCCUUCCCCAUGAUCCUGUCCGGCACCGUGGUCACCUUCAUGUGGUUCCUGUACGGCAUCAUACUGAAGAACAAGUUCCUCGUUCUACAAAACGUGGUAGUGUUCUCGCUAUGUGCGUUCCAGCUCGCACUAUUCGCGAUAUACCCCUCCAAGCCUAAAGAGGCGAAGAAGGAAAAGAUUAAAGCCAAGAAGACUAAAUAAGUAACAGCAUAGGUUUAUACCGACGAUGUUAUAGGCUAAAAGAAGCUAUCGAGAAGACGUUUUCGCAAAUCAAACUCUGUAUCGACAAAUUGCAGAAAAACAAAUCUACGUCUUUUAGCUUAAAACAUCAUUGACAUUUUACACAGUUCCUUAUAUAUUUAUAUUUUAUUAUAUUGAUAUAUGCCCGAGGUUAUUAAAUUAUCAAUCUAAUCCGAAAUCUUUAGAUCGUUUGAAUUUAGUUUUGCUAUCCGUUUGUACAGGAGAGAGAGUAGGUAAACGAUGUCACUAUCAUCAUCAUAUCAACGGAUUACCGGCCCAUUACAGGGCACGGGUCUCCAUAAUGAAAAAAGAGUUAAGGCUGUAGUCCACCAAGCUGGCCCAGUCCGGAUUGGCGGACUUCACUCACCUUCGAGAACAUUGUGGAGAACUCUCAGGCAUGAAGGUUUCCUUACGAAGUUUUCCUUCAACAUUGAAUCAAGUGAUAUUUUAAUUACUUAAACGAAAUGCUAUAAUAUUAAAUCUGUCAUCUAGAGAUUUUGUAUUGGAUUGAUUAUUUAUUAAUUUCGGAAGUUAGUGACCUCACUGAUAUUUGUGUUCGAAAAAUAUGCGACAGACCACUUAUGGUGUCUUUCCCCCAGAUUGCCAAGCGCCUUUCUACCUAUUCGGAAGCGCGAACUACUCAACUAAUUACAAUUUGUAUCGAAUCGGUAAGGCGCCCUCUAGUUACAAUACUGUUUUCCAGUAUUCUAACUAGAUUAAUUUUGAUUUAUCUUCAGUAAUUUUCGACAUUGAUCUACAUACAAUUUUAAUACCAGACUUGGUCAGUCAUUUCAACUUAUAUCGUACUGCAAAUAUCUGAGGUUACACAAAAGUUAUUUUAUAGCAAAAAUAUAUUUGCAGUGGAAUAUAAUUCCAGUAUUUUUGAAUACAUAUUUUAUGCUAUUUUUGAUAGGUUAAGUUCUAGGCGAGGAAAACUUGGAUCGAACAUUGACUGUUCCUAGUCGUCGGAACAAAAAUAAUGACAAGUCUGAUUGCUCCUUGCCAAAAGCUUUGUUUAAUUAUAUUUUCCUGAAUGUAUCAACCGUAAACAAAUAAAAAAACUUUUUCAAAAUUAAAUAGAAAGAAAACUACCUCACUCCAUUUCGUAGAGUUGGUACAAAUUGGUUCGGCUAACGCCUCUCGCAAUGCUAUAAGUGAGGAUUCAUAGUAUGUUUUGUAUCUUCUGUUAAAAGAGUGUUACGUCCAAAGCAAGUGGGGGUUUACCAACGCUGCGUGUGACGUCGCGAGGUGAGACCAACCAACAACCACGUGUUGUUCAUGAAUUUCAUGGAAAAAAAGAUAUUUGGACUUAAAGACACUUUUCACACAACGUUUUGUUAUAAUAUUGGUUACUAUAUUUUGAUCAUGUUGCAUUUUUUAUAUAGCCAAUUAUAUUUCAUGUUUAUAAUGUAAUAUAAAAAUAAUUUUAUGUUCUAUUUUAAAUGACAUGAUUUAGCAUUCCAACCUUAUAAUUAUUAACUAUGUAUCUAGGCUCAAAAAUAACUUUAAUCACAUUCAAAUUCUAUGAUGGCUCAAAUUGAGAACCGACGCACAUUUAUAUGCUGAUGGAGGCUCUUAUCAAAGAAGUCUUUAUUAAUUACUAGGCUCAAAUUAAAAAAAAAAGACAAAAUUAAUUUACCUUUUUCAAGUAGACCUAAUUAAUAUAUGCACUUUUGAUACGACAAGUCAGUCUACCUACAGUUCGGAAGCAGAUUCCACCGAGAAGAGCCGGCAAGAAACUCAGCAGAAGUUCUAGUAUUCUUUGGUGAGGCUCGAUAGAGACCUGAAAUAUGAAUAUUGUUCCUCCGCCACUGUCUUUUUGGGGAAAAUAGCAUUUUAAGUUACCAAUGGAAUUGUGAUAUAUUAUUAUCGGUGUGAUGACAUAUGAUGAAUUGUAAACAAUUUUAUUAACUUAUAAUACAGUAAUAUUUGUA